AUGAUUGUACUGCUUAAAAUUUGGUUAGAAAUCGUGAUUCAAAACAUUUUAGUCAGUCCUAGCGUUUUCCUGUCGAAAGCAGCCAUGCCGUUGGAAGGACUUGAGAAUCUUCCUCAUGCCGGCGAAAUAGCUUUGCUCCGUUUGAAAUCGAUUAUCGAGCUUACUAAAUUGUGGAUUGAGUCCGUCAUUGAAAUCUUAAAAGCUUUUCCGCACUUUUUAACAAAAAAGACCAUACCGCCGGAAGUUAUAGCGAAACUGGUUGGUAUGUUUCCAGCGUUAAAAUCAAUUUUGCAAUAG